CAUCGUUCGCCCCGUGGCCGAUGUGGACUGCUUGCUGAAAGCCGUCGAUCACAUUCUGGACCUGCCGGCAUGCUGGCGCUGCGCCAACUGCUUCCACGCCCUCACCUUCCACAUGUACCUGCUCUCUGCCCUCGCCACCUUCGCCCACCGCCCUGCCAGCGACCUUUUCAGCGCCCCAGGGUUGACUAAGCGCUGCAUGGGACGCACGAAUAAGGCAGCUGAGGAUGGCAGCGGCAGGAAGGAUCGGUCAGCAAGAGCCGGUCAGGUGACAAGUAGUGCAUGGUGGACGGCUCGGAAGCAGAGGUUGCAGGGAGUGUUGCGAGAGAUAGAUGGGCGUGCCACCCGUUGUCACAGCAGCACACGUGGCAGCAGCAGCAACAGCAGUGGCAGACGCAGGAGUUGCAAUGACAGAAGCCGUGGCAGCCACUCCUGCUACAGCAGCUCGAGCAUCAGCAGCACCAGCAGCAGCAGUGAGUGCUGUAGCAGUUAUGGCAGGGAGGGGAAGGGCAAGGAGGAGGAACUGUCGGCUUACUUGAAGCCAUGGCUGGGGGGGGUAAUAAGGUGGCAUGUCUGCGAGAGAUGCUGCUGGGGCAGCCAUGCUACCGCCCUCCCUCUCACACGGCCUCUAUCCCCCCUGCUGUAGGUAGCGAACGUCCUGCGCCCAAGGCUGCUGCGGUACCUAGUGCUGCUGCGCGCCCAAGGCAAGAUGCAGCACCGGGCAUUCAAGCAGGUGCUGCAGCCGACGCUGCAGCACAAGUGCUGAUGGCACAGAAGCCCACACGCUGUGGCUGCAGCAGAAGCUGCUCCUGUCAUGCCACCGCACACAGGCUGUGCGUGCUGCGCUGGGGCCUGUGGGAGGGCUGAACGCGCCCCUGUGAAGCGGGGGAUCUGCGGCGCGUGUGGCAAGGCAGCGUAUUGCAGCACAGACUGCCAAGGGCGCACUGACCCUCCCACAAGCUCGCAUGCUGACCAAAGCCCCAGCAGCAAGGUGAAUCCGUUUCAUUACAAUUAUGGCUGUUUCAAGCACCUAUUGUUGGGACAUUAGCUUGCGCGGCUGCUCUUGGGACAUGUCAUGUGCCCCCUGCUUGGAUUUUCCUGUGUGGGCAUUUGUCUUGCGUCGCAGCUGUUGGCGUCGGAAAAUGACUCAUGGCUCAGGCAGUUCCACGCAUGUCAUGUUAUGACAUCCAUC